AUGGCUUCGGUCGCUUACAAGGACUUCCUCAAAGACGUCCUGGGAGGCGCUGCAGAUGAGAUCGAGGAACGCGACGAGAAGGUGCUGGGACAAAACUGCGACAUCUUCGCAAUUCCUGAGGACAAGGAGGAUUCCAACGAGGAGGAGGAAGAGGUGGAGGACAAAGCACGAGAGACUGUGUGCUUCGCGAUGGAUUCCUCAGAUGAUGACAACGAUUCGGACGUGGACUCCGAAGAGUGGGAUCUGGAGGACGCGUAUAACUUUGAUCCGGAGCGCGUUGCGGAGCUGUUGAAGAAUCCAGACGUUUCAGAGGAGGACCUGGUGGAAUCGCUUCAGGAGACCAUGGCCGAGGCGAUGAUCCUGCGGAUGAGCGUGGAGGAGGACCCUGAUGUGGAGGCCUCGCGUCCGACUUGCCAAGAAGAUAUCAGCGGCCGCAUGACGCCACCGGCGCAGCCAGCCACCUUCGAUGCGACAACCCCGCCGGACCCCAAAGAGCUUUCCAAGAAGCUGGAGCAGGUGCCCGGCCGAGUUAGACGAUCCUCGGUAGCACGACGUGGGGCCCUGGAUGACGUUGCGAAGUCGGCCGUCAAGAACCAUCGGAAGAGUAUCGCUUGCAUCGCCUCAGCCAAGAUGGGCAGUGACGACAGCAACAAGGAUAAGAUCCAGCAGGCGCUCGCGAACUCUAAGAAGCGCCACCGGAUGAGCAUGUGCAAAGCCGUCGAGAUGCUCGACCUCGCAGGAUUCAGGGAUGAGGAGGACAAGGAAGUCGUCAGCAACAAGCUGGAGACGCUGCAGAAGUGCGUCCUCAAAGCCAGGGCGCUGCAUCGCCAGACAGUAGCCAAGGUUGCCCUCGAGACGGUUGGUGGGGACUUGCUGCCAGCCUCCGAGCUCGCCAAGGCCGGCGAGGGCAAGGACGAUGCGUCCGCAUCGGGCGGCAAUGCAAAGGCCUCCAGCUCCGCAGAGAAGCCAAGGGUCAUCAGCAACCUCUCUGCGUCUGCACAGGAGUUCAAGCCCUCGGCAAAGCAGGAGAGCAUUGAGGAGAAGAUCAAGAAGGCGGUGAAGGCCGCGCACCAGCGCGCCAGGAAAGAGCAGGGGACCGUCGAGCCGCCACCCCGAGGCUAUGAUGAAUGGGGCAACCCCUACGCGCAGGGCUGGGGGUCGCAUUACCAGCAGUGCGACUACGGCUUCGUGCAAGGCUAUGACCAGAGCUACAACACUGGCAACAACCAGAUGUACAGCCAGGGAUGCGGCCAGGCGUAUGACCCAACCUGGAACAAUGGCUGCGGCUAUGCGCAGGCGGGCCUUGAAGUGCUAUGCCUGCUGCCCCCCUGGCAGCCAGCCAUGGCAGCAGAUGCAGCAGCAGCAGAACUGGAUGCAGGCACCGCCUUGCUGUCAGGAGCUCAGGCGGCGUACGGGUCCAACUGCUACAAUUACUACGGGGGCAACUAUGCCGGCUAUGGCCAGAGUCAGCAGGCUUCCUACGGAGGCGUGCUGGGAAUCCACGGGAAACCUCAGAAGCCUCAGCUCUCCGUGCUGAGGGCAACCUUGGCAAAACGCUGCCUGGGGCUCCGCGUAGAGGAGGAUCGAAGGCGGUCCCUGGUGACAGUCUUGCCUGGGUGGGGCUUCAAAGGCUGCCUCAUCAUUGUCUUUGGAUCGGCAGCUCCAACUUUCACGCGACUGCACGAAAGGUUCGCUGCAAAGGCUCGAGUCAUGAGGCUCCAGGCAGACCAUCCAUCCUCAUUUGACAAGAACGAGCGCACGAGGGACCAACCACUGAAGCCAGAGGCAUCCGUCACCUUCACCCCUGGACCCGUGAGCUCCAUCAUCGAUCCACGCCACCAACCACAGGCGAGCUGUUGGCAAGGGGGUAAAUUGCCUGCCCCACCAGACCCGAGCACCUUUCCGAUUCCCAUCAUAUGGACUUCGCAGGAUUACCGAGCUAUCACUUCUGUGACUUCUGUGUGGAAUCAUGAGCUACUGCUGGUGGCGGUUGCCGUGCAUCCCUGUGCCCUGCGCACGGAUGGAAUGAGUGUGGCCGGCGCGGAGGUUAGCCGCUUCAAGCCAUGGGUGUGGUGUUCAGGCUUCCAGCUCACGAUGGCCCGAACCAAGCUUGCCAGCAUUUGCAUCGCGCUUGCCGUGUGCACCGCGCUGCGCAACCUGGCCUUCCUUGCUCCUGCUCCUCAGACCCAGCUUCGUGGCAGCGCUACCGAGUCCUUCGAUGUUGCAGCAAGCGCCGCGGUGCCCAUUCUCUUGACACCGGCAGCAGCAACGGCAGCGGACGGAGAGGGGAUGCCUUCGGUGGUGCUGGGUGUCGGCAUUCUCUGUAUGCUGGCAGCCUUCAGCGCUGUCUCCAGCGUCAUCAGCGCGACCGAUACCCGCUGCAGCAGUCAGAAAGCCAUGGCUCAGAACGAUGGAGGCAGCCUGCGCUUUGCGGUGGAUACGCGCGUUUCCUGCAACAUGGGACGAGAGGGAUGGGCAAGCGGUCGGGUUGUGGCUCUUCACUACCGCGAGGACCAUUGGCCACCGGGCAAGACGGCACCCUAUCAGGUCAUGCUGGACCCUGCCUUCGGCGGAGCAUUGAUCUAUGCACCUGCUGACCUGCCCCGGGUGGUCCGCGCUGAGCUUCCCAGCACAUUCUCCAUACCGGAGGAAGACGGCGAUGCGCAGCGGGCCAUGGAAGUUCUGCGUGCAGAGGUGGUUAGCCUUCGCAAUGAGCCAUUCGCAAUCCACGUUUCAGAUCCCGAGCUCAUGGGCAUCGCGGAGGAUGGAACGGAUCUCUUUGUGCCAAGGGCUGAUACAGGUCCCUGGCUGGUUAGUAUGGUCGUCACUGGGCCAGCUGACACGUGCUACCAAAGCAGGCUGUGCUUGCAAGUGAAGGUGAACAGCGCAUGGCCACAGACACCGGCUGAAGUGCGGGUUCAGAACUGGCUACAUCAUGCGCUGGUCAAGCAGGAUGGAAUUGUGGACGAGGCAGCUUUGACGGAAGCUCUCGCCAAGCUGGAGAAGGCCGGCAAUGACUCCCCAAAGUUAUGCCGGACAAUGCAAGCUGUUAUGCUUCUGCUGAGAGAUCCUGGACAAUUCUGCGAGACCGAUGUGGAGGCUCUUACAGAUGCCAGGGAGGCGAAUGCCAAAUCUUUAAAGACGAUUUCUCAGUAUUGCGGUCUUCGUCGUCACGAGUUUUUGUUCAAUGAGGAGUUAGCUUUCUCGAAGGACAUGUUCGACCCCAGAUUCUGGACAGCAUACGCGGCAAACACACCGGAGGCUUGGUCCGCCAUCAUGACUGAAGCGGCAAAGGAAGUGUAUUCGUUUCCUCUCUUCAACGAGGAGUUCUGCAAAGCUUUCGUUGAGGAGCUAGACGCCUUUCAGUCCAGCGGCUUGCCGGCUCGACGUCCCAACAGCAUGAAUAAUUAUGGAGUUGUCGUGAACGAAAUCGGGAUGGAGCCAGCUCUGGACAGGCUAGUCCACAACUUUUUGCAGCUGGUCGCCCACAACCUUUUCCCCGGGGUCGGUUCACACUUCGACCGGCAUCACACCUUUGUUGUGCGGUACAAGGUUGGUGAAGAUCUGGGCUUGGAUAUGCACACCGAUGACAGUGAUGUGACUUUCAAUGUCUGCCUCGGCAAGCAGUUCAAAGGUGCAGGCCUGCAGUUUUGUGGUAAUCAGGGGGCCGCCGACCACCGUCAUGCAAGCCUCUUGUACCAACACAAGCUGGGACAUUGUGUUGUGCAUCGCGGCCAUCGUCGUCACGGGGCCGAUGAUAUCACGGAAGGCGAGCGGCUCAAUCUCAUAGUUUGGACACGCAACAUCGAGUACCGGAGAUCCCGUGACUGGUCGCGGCACAACAUGCAGCUUCAGAAAACCGGCUACCGCCAAGAGAGUGGGCCGCCGGACAAGGUCUGCCUGUCUUACACUCACGAUCGCGACUAUGGUGUGUUUAAGGAAUACAAGACGCAAGAGAUGAUGCAGAGUUGUGGAAGAGGCCUUCUGGGCAAGGAUGUCCGAUCCUUCGAUGGAGGAGCCUACAUGGGCCCGGGCGUUGCAGGAGCAGACCUGGGGUAUCAGGCACAAAAGGAGAAGGAAAGGCAGCUGGAAAAGGCGCAGAAGCACCAGGAAGUGAGCGAGUUUCGCAGAGCUGCUUCUGAUCACAGGAUUGAUCGAGCCAUGUCGAAGUCGGACAAGGUGGCGCAGACGAUGGCGCCUGAGGUCGGCCCUCAGGUUGGCCCACAGGCCAAGAAACGCAUGCCAAGUUUUGUCAAAGUGAAGAGCAAAGAAGAUGUCUUCGACGAGAAGAAGGGCACAGUAUGCGUCUACUACGCGGAUGUGCCCACGCGCUUGACCCUCUCCUCGCCUGUGUUGGCAUCUCUUCAGCGCAAGCUGGCCGCUGCGUUACCUUGGUUGACAGAAGGCUCAUUCAGCAGCGCUUUGAGCAUCCGGCUGCUGUGGCGUCACAAAAAUGGGGAGUCCCACAUUUGUGACGACGCAGCCCUGUCCAAAGCCUGGCAUGCAGCUGGUUGUGACCAUGGUGGCGAAUUAGAGCUUCAGGUUUGCCAGAACUCAGCACAGAUUUCCACUGCAGAUGUCACGGCUCGCACUUGCCAGCGGUGCGGCCAAGAAUUCGCGUCCAGAAAUCAACUCAUGCGACAUGUCUUCAGUACUGGUCACUAUGCAGACGAAGGCCCGGUCCACCAAGACGAUCCAGAAGACUCACAGCUGAGAAUCCACCACGCCGACACACAGAAUGGGUCUGAAGCCUGGGAUGUGUAUUACAAGGACUUGGCCGACUUCGCUGAGGUCAAGAAGCUGAUGCACACUACUCUUCCGUAUUGCAUCCGGACAAACCCUUUGUCACCACUUGCACGGCUGGCCCUCCGACACUUGCGAAGCGAGGCCGAAGUGGUUAGGGCUCUAGGCUUGACGGAGGCAGAGGAAUUCGAUGGCUUCGCUCUCGAAGGACCUGGCAAGACAUGCUGGAGCUUUCUGGAGGCAUGCCAGGAUGCGGGAGCCCUUGCUCGACAAGAAGCUUCCAGCAUGCUUCCCGUUUUGCUGCUUCAGGUCGAACCACACCACGCGGUAGCUGAUCUGUGUGCUGCGCCGGCCUCCAAAACACUGCAGCUCCUCGAUGCGAUGAAUGUUGGCCUCCCGCCAGGUGAUGUGCCGGGCGGUCUUCUGGUCGCAAAUGAUGACAACUUUGCACGCUGCACCACAGCGGUGCGCCGCGCACAGCAGCACCCCAAAUCGGCACCACUUCUGUGGCUCUGCGGAGAUGCGCGGAAUUUCCCGACGCUGCACGACCACUCGGAUGGCCGAGUUCGAGGAGCACGAAAGCUUCGCUUCGAUCGUGUGCUAUGUGAUGUCCCCUGUUCAGGUGACGGUCGCUUGCGCCGAGCACCUGGUGGCUGGCCACGCUGGCACGUGCGCUACAUGCUGCAGAUGCACUACGUGCAGUCGGGCAUCUUGAAGCGUGGCCUGACCAUACUGAAGCCUCAGGGGCGCCUUCUCUACUCGACGUGCAGCAUGUCCCCAGUGGAGAACGAGGCCGUGGUCGCAGCGGCUCUCGAGAAGAUGGGCGCUGGUCAGGUUCGACUCCUUCCGGUGGAGAGAUGGAGCCAUGCAGCUGGUCUGACUGAGUGGAAGGUCCCCGCCCCGGACUUCAACCAGUCGUACGAAAGCUACGGAAGCCCAGAGGAGGUGCUUGAUCCUGCUCUCUGGUGCCGCAAUGGUGGGGCGUUGGCUGCCACGAUGUUUCCACCAGCUGACCCGCAGGUGCGGAAAGCCUUGAGCUUGUGUGUUCGAGUCCACCCAACUCACGGAGAUUUUGGAGGAUUCUUCUGUGCGUUAUUUGAGAAAGUGGCACCCGGUCCGGCAACAUUGCCCAGCAAGACUGAUGAAGAUCGGUUGGUGAGCUCUCCUUCAGUGAAGCAGAACAAACGCUUGGACUCGGAAGCAAAGCCAAAUCCCAUUCCGCCCCUGCUGGCAACGACAACCUCGAGCCAACUGCGAUGGUUCAUCGAUUGGUUUGGACUCGUCCCAGAAGCUGCUGAGGCAGAAUCUCGUGGAGUGGAUCGCUUUCCAGCAGAGCUUGUUCGCGCAGACCCGAGCGUACCGGAUGGGCUGGUUCUUGGAAGUGGAUCCUUAUGUCGACUAGUUCUGAAGCAUGCGCGGCCUCGCGUCCUUGCUGCUGGGAUACCUUUACUUGCUGCCUCAGAAAGCGCCAUGCCAGAGCAGGAUGCGAACAACCACUUGGACCUUGCAGGCAACGCCUGUCACGUUUUAGCUCACUGUGUCACGCGGCAAUGUGCAACGCUUCCCUGGCUGCUAUUUCUGACCAUCCUUCAGGGUGAAUCGGUCCCUCAUCAGCCUGAAAUGGUCGCAACUGGACUUUGUUUGCUGGCGCUAGACAUGGACAGUCUGCCAGAUCCGUCUAUGCGACGCCAGCACAACAUAUGUAUCCCGGGCCGUCUGACAUCCGGUCGUCUGCUCGUCACAACUUUGGGCAGUUCCAAGCGCCAUGCGCUGCUGCGCGUGCUCGGAGUCGCCACGCAGCCUUCGACAGGGGAUCCAGAGGGUCUCCAGCAGCACACGCCAUGCCCAGACCGCGGAGGCUAUGCAAAACAGGACCCAAUCCUGCGCGACAGAGCUCAAUAUGGGAAGGGGCUUUAUUCCCAGGCAGACUUCCUCCGGUUUCUGCAGACUGCGAAGCCCUAUGGCUGGGCCGAACUUGAGUUGGAGGGAGAGGUCCCUGCCGGUUUGGACGGAAUCCUCUACCAUGUGGGGCCGGGGCGAUCUUUUCGGGGAUCCACCAUUUACAAGCAUUUCCUGGAUGGGGAUGGCUUUGUCAACGCGUUUCACGUGAGUUCAGGCACUGUGCGCUACAAGGGCGACUUCGUGCGCACGCCGGAGUACCAGCAAGAGGAGGCCGCGGACGCCGUGCUCUUCCGUGGCGCCUUUGGAACUGCGAAGCCAGGAGGUGUGCUUUGCAAUGCCUUGGACUUGCGGUCCAAGAAUCUGGCCAACACCAACGUGGUGAGUUGGGGGGGUCAUCUUCUUGCACUCUAUGAGGCAGGGCAUCCUUCAAGGCUCCACGAGAAGUCUUUGGCCUAUUUGGGGGAUGAGACCUUCCAAGGGUUGCUGGCGCCGGGUGUGGCAGCGUCCUCUGGGUUUCCGGCCGUAGACGGUUUGUUGGGGUUGGGGGGGACAGCCUUCACGGCGCAUCCCAAGAUGGAUCCAGCACAGCACCGGCUGGUUGGCUUUAGCUGGUCAUCCAAGAAAGGUGGCAUUGAGAUUGGCAUUCAUGAGUGGGAUGAGGAGUUCAACCUGGCGCAUGAAGCUGCAAGCAAGCUUUUCCUGGAUAGCUGUGACUCCAGUCCCCAUGAUUUUGGGCUCACGGAGAAAAGGUGUGUCUUCUUUGAGAAUCGUUUCAAGCUAGGAGAUCUCCCUGGUUAUCUUUUAGGCUUGAAGGGCCCCGCAGAGAGCUUGGUUGGUGAGCCCGAGCUGGCCCAACGCAUUCACAUUGUCUCCAGAGACGCUAGCGAAACAGUCACAAUUGAAGGCAGCACUGGGGUCUUCGAUGUUCACGUUGCACACUGUCAUGACGGUCCGCCUCUUGGAUACGGAGGGAAGCAGGCGCCUCAGGCGCCCUCGGAUCUGAUCACUGCCUACACCGGUAGUUGGGACGAGUUCCCGGAGGGAAGCUUGUUUGGUGAGUGGAACAGCGAGGAUGAGCAGUUUCCCUUCGAGCUUCCCGAAAGGGUACCACCAGCGGAUAUGUCCCACAUGCCCAGAACCCGGCUGGUGAGGCACAUCAUCGACCUGAAAUCGCAAGAAGUCGUGGAGCGCUCGGUGGUUGCUGGCUGUGAAAAUCUGAGCAUGGAGCAUCCCACCAUCAACUGCUCAUACACGGGGAGUUCCAAAUGCCGUUACAUCUACAUGGUCGUUGGCAACGAGGUGGAAAAAGGCCUCUCCAGCCCUCCCUCCGGCUGGGCCAAGGUGGAUCUCCGCACCGGCGAGACCCAGCGCUUCUUCGCGGGCAGCCGGGCCUUCACGGACGAGCCCCACUUCGUGCCUCGCAGGGGUGGGGGCAGCUGGUCCCCAGGGGAACCUCAAGGAGAGGGCGAUGAGGAUGAUGGCUGGGUGCUGGCCAUGCUCUUUGAUGCCCAGAGAGGAAGAAGGAAGAGCACACCUGUAGCCCAGCUGCGGGGUGUCCCCGAAAACCCACCAACCAGCUUCGCCACGAAGAGGACAGGCACAGCGGCACAGUACUACAAGCAAGGCCUGCAAGAAAUGAAAGGAUUCUUGCGGGGAGCACAUGCCUUGGCAGUCCUCACCAGCUCUGCAAGCUCUGCGCCACCAGCUCGCCAGUCCCCAUACGUGGUGCCCACCAGCUCCGUUCGUGGGCAGGCCUGCAGGCACCGCCCGCAGGUCUGGCUCGCUGGAGCUGUUGCCGGUCUGCUUUCAGGAGGAAGCCGUCGAGCGCGCUUGGGAGCACGUGCUACCACUGCGAAGGUCACUGUGGGCAACCGUCAGUCGCAGCAGAUGAACGACGGGGAGAUCCUGAGCAACUUGCGCCAGUACUGUGGAUGGACCACGCUUGAUAUGGGUGCCGGGGGCAACUGUCUCUUCCUCUCGAUGGCCUCACAAGUACAAGUCGAGGAUGUGAAGGACCUCCCUUCCAGGUCUGCUGAUUGGGCAGAAGCCCUCGGGUCCGACCUGCCAGAUCGAUGGAAGGACAUGGGUCCUCGAGAGAGAGCAACGUUUCUGCGACGAAUGGCAAUCCUGGAUGAGAGCGAGUUCGUUGCAGAGUUGGCGGCUGCUCGUGCACGCGGCGAGCCAUUGACUGCUGACGUGGAGUGGCGCACCAGGGAGCUUUUCACAGACAUGGCAGAGGAGUUCAUCUCAACCAACAAGACGGAGCUUGCAGCUGACAUACCAGGGCACGUGCUCUUCCUUGCCAGGUGGGAUCGCCAGGGACUGUAUUCUCGCGUCCGAGAAGUUGUCACAACAUUCUCGCUAGACCAGAUCUGCGAGUUUGUCUUGCUGCACGCGGAUGAGUACUUGCAGAUCACGGGGCGUGAGGGCAACUGGGCCGGCAGUUCCGAGAUGGCCGCACUCUCCAGCGUACUGAAGCGCCCGGUCCAAGCCUAUGGGAACAACUGGGUCUCACAAGAUGAAAUCAAGCUUGAGCAGGUGGAGGGUAGUGACGACUGGAAGGUACUUCCGUACUUCGAGGCCAACUGCUAUGCUGAACCCAGGGGCGACGCUAUUCGCGUUUUCCAGACGCAUGGCGGGGGGCACUAUCAAAUGCUGUCAUGA